AUGAUCCCGAUGAAAAUCUCUGCUGCAGCUGGUGAUGGAAUUAGACCGAGCGUCAUUGCUCGAGAAAUUGCUAAAAAUGAUUACCUUGGAGAAGGCUCUACUGUAAAGGUGGCGUGGACAUGGAAUCAAGACAAGGAUGAAUGGAUCAAGGGAUUUGUCAUACGGUCCUACCGGCCACCAGAUAAAGACAUGAUGAGAAGAUUGAAAGUUGAGACCAUUUUAUCGCACUCUGUCGAAUAUAUCGAUGUCGAAGCUAUCAAAGGAAUGAUAGCACGAGCCAUGGAAGAUAUGGAGCUAGCAACAGAGGAGCAAGAAGAGCACAAGGAAGAAGAGGAGCAAGAGAUUUUUGAUCUCGAAGCACCAGUGCAAGAGGAGCAAGAAGAGCAAGAGGAAGAAGAGGAGCAAGAGGUUUUUGAUCUCGAAGCACCAGUGCCAGAGGAGCAAGAAGAGCAAGAGGAAGAAGAGGAGCAAGAGGUUUUUGAUCUCGAAGCACCAGUGUCAGAGGAGGCAACAUCAGCGAUGCCAAGCUGGCUCCUACAGGCCAAAGAGGAUGGAGUCUACGUAGAGAAGCCGAAGGUGAAGAUUGUCCCGAGUGGGCCGCCGCCAUCGUUUGGGCCGUGA